AUGAACGGAAGCCAGAAAAGUAGGUGCAGGCUACCACGUCUACCUGAACAUCACAUAGGACUCGGUAAGCCUGAGCACUCGAUUGAUAAGCGGACCAGGAACAUCGUCAAGAUCCUCGAGCCUGUCGUGUCAGACGAAGUACUUGAAGAAGAGUGUGUGAUGGCCGUUGGCCUUGUCGAUGAUUCGCCGUCGUGCAGAAGAAGAACCGCUUUUGAGAGUUCACUGCAACUCCGGCUACUUCCCCUAGUCGUUCGAAUCGAAGGGGACUUCGAAGGCUACUUACCGGAGUCGUUCGAUUCGAAGGGAAUGUCUGUCUGUUCGGUGUUACUUCGGGCUGGUUCUUCGGCUCUAAGACACCAGUGCGUCGUUCCACCUCCUCUUGUUGCCGCCGCCAGCGUUGCUUCAAUAUGCCCGUCCUACUGUCAUGUGUUCGACGAGGCUUUAUCCGUCGACUGUAAAGUUGCGAUGAUUCAAAUGUUCAUGUCCGAUGGCGGCACGCUUUCAAAAGCGGAAACGGGGUCAUCGGACAUCCGAUGCGAUGAUGAUCGUGGCACCGGACGGCUGCGCAGUUUCGGUAUUUAA